AUGAAGUUGAAGUCAGGGCCGGAGCUGAGGUGCAGUACGUCGCCAGAAGUGGACAUGUCAAAAGCCCAGUGUGAUGUCAGGGCAAGCCAGGUCCGGUUGUCGGGUGGCGAGACACAGGUCCUCAGUCUGAAAGACGUAACACUGGAGAGAUGUAUGGAGCUCAUCAACAACUAUGAGACUACAGAAGAAGGUCGCAACAAUAAGUACCUGACAGUCGAUGGUCUCGCAAGAUAUUUGACAUCGAAAGAAUGCGACGUGUUUGCUCCAUCACAUGCCGUUUUAUGGCAGGACAUGUCAAAACCGAUUACUGACUACUACAUUUCCAGCUGCCAGAAUUCAUUCCUUUCAGAGGGUCAGCUGAGAGGGGAUACGGGCGUAGAGGGAAUCAUCCGGGCGCUCGGCAGUGGCUGCCGAUCUGUCAGAAUUGACUGUUGGAAUACUUCACUAGAACAGACUGCCAGUCCAGAAAAUUAUGAAGAAACAAAGGUUCUCUUCCAAGAUUGUUUGGAAGUCUUCAGAGAGUUUGGUUUUCUCUCAACACCAUAUCCGUUGUUUGUCCACUUACAAAAUCACUGUGACAUAAAUGAGCAGAGGAAACUAGCAUCUGCGAUUAGAGAUGUGUUACGUGAUGCAUUGUAUGUGCAUCCAGAAGACAGCCAAACAGAUAUUUGUGAAAUGACUCUCGAAGAUCUGCGAGGAAAAGUAGUGAUUAUGGGACACAAGUUGCCACCAGACUGCAAAGAGGACGUGGGAGAAGUCCAUGAUGAGCUCCUCGAUGAUGAUGGUGCAGUAAUAGGUGGAGAAACUCACCUUCUUUGUAGGGAGGUAUCAGAUUUAAUAUCACUUGGAAGUAUACAGGUGAAUGAACCUCACUCUGCAGUGUCCAGUGAAGUGGAAGUUGUUUCUAAAACAUUCACUGGGAACAUGACAUCCACUUACCUAGAACCAUUCUUAAAUGAAUAUAAAAGGUACUUCACUAAGAUUAUCUUCAGUGAUUCAAAAAAUGUGCCUCAAAACAACAAACCAUUGGAUACUUGGAGCUCUGGCUGUCAAAUGGUGGCCUUAAACUACCAUGGCUCUGGCCAUUUGAUGGACAUAAAUGACGGACGAUUUCGUGAAAAUGGGGGAUGUGGAUAUGUUUUAAAGCCAGAAAUCAUGCGAGAUCACUUCACUUUAUAUAAAUCUGAUAUGAAAGACUGGAUACCUGGAGUGAAACCUCAAGUACUGCAUAUAAAGAUUAUAAGUGCACAACAUUUACCAAGGCCUCGAAGAUCUUCAGCGAAGGGUGAUGUUAUAGAUCCAUAUGUCAUCGUUCAAGUACACGGAACGCCAUCAGACUGUGCUUUAAAGAGGACUAAAACUCUUACAAAUGAAGGUGAAUCUCCAGUAUUUGAAGAAAGUUUUACUUUUUACUUGGCUCUGCCAGAAGCAGCACUAGUGAGAUUUAUAGUUCUUGAUGAUGAGUUCAUUGGUGAUGAUUUUAUUGGACAAUAUACAGUUCCUUUUACAUGUUUACAACCAGGGUAUCGUCAUAUUCGUUUGAUGGCCUCAAAUGGGGAACUGAUACCAAAUGCACUCCUGUUUGUCCACAUCUCAGUGACUUAUAAAAGAUGUUUUAGGAAGGAAAUGAAGAAAAGAGCACGAUAUGCCAGAACUCUUGCCACCAUACUGAAGUUUGGAAUAAAAAACUUGGAUGACAUAUUCAAGGAUGUAAUUCCAGAUAUGGAAGAGGCUCUGCGGCUACGCACUGAAGCAGAGAUGGCGAUGGAUGAGUUACGCUAUGAAUGUGGUGUAGAUGAAACAGCAAAUAUGAGUCACUGUUUGAAAGUACUGUUACAACGAUAUGAAGCAACCCCACAAAUAACUAAUGUGUCAAUUACAUCUCAGAAUGGGCUACAAAUGGUGAGAGUUCAAGGGUCGGACAUACCAGAAUUUGUUGACCGAAGUCUGGUAAUUUUGGAGAAAGCACUUAAAAGUUCACAGUACAUUUUAGAGCAUAGUGAUAACCUGGUAGCUGAACUUGAGAGGAAAUUGGAUGUCAUUCAAGUAGAUUAUGAGGAUUUCCCACAGUUAGCAGUGUCGGUUGGUGCCACAGGAAAGAGACUAAAUACUUUUGUGGAAUAUUUUGUUGUGAAUGUGCGGAGACUGAAGGGGCAAAUUGACUUACUAAAGACAUGUAAAGAAGACUCCCAACUCUUUUUAACACAGAUUGCUGAUGCUGCAGCUGUCAUGGAGAGAUUAAACAUUGGGAAAAAGCAACUGCAUACUUCAACUAAUGUUUCCAAAGUGAAAAUAAACAAGAAUUUAUCUGUGGAAAAACAGUCCUCAAAGCUACAUUCAGAUUCCAGUAUCGCAUCUACUGCACAACCUAGCUCAUCAGGAUCUUCAUCUGGUGAAAUAAAACUAAAGAGUAUUUUGAAGAGACCAACUAAUAACAAUCAACAUGAAAGUGUGGACUGUGAAGAGGCAUACUUUGGUAACAAUGUAACAACGAACAGUGCUACAGGGACAUGGAUGUAGAGAUGUGUUACCUCUGUAUAGACGGUCUAUUAAUUCAAAGUAAUGAAAUCGUUGCCAAAGGAAGGAGAUAAACAAUUCUGUGUUUUUCUCCUGUCACAGGUGUGUGUGUGUGUGUGUGUGUGUGUGUGUGUGUGUGUGUGUGUGUGUGUGUGUGUGUGGUGUGUGUGGUGAAUUACACUAAUUUUUCCACAGUGUUUGGUGUUCAUUCAAGAAUUUCUAGGAUAAUGUGUGUAUGUAAGGAUUACUAUAUUAUUAAAAACAUGUAAAAUAUUAUUAAGGCACAGUAAACUGAGCUG